AACGUCUACCUUGCAUGUCAGCUGAGAGAAUGGCAACAGAAGACGACUUGCUCUUUCCUCAAAACAAGGAAUAUACCUGAUUGUGUCAUCGACCAACUAAAAGAAGAUAAGGUGAGUAUAAAUGUAAACUUUCAUCACACUAAUAUAGCAGUAUAGGCUAUAGAAUAGCUAAGCCAUAUUUGCUAGUGUGUGUAAAUAAGCUAGCACUCACAACACGUAGACGUUUCUCAUUGUAACAAGAAACUUUCUCAUUUGAACGAGAAACUUUCUCGUUACAAUGAGAAACACGUCCCCCCGUCCCAUGUACCUUUAGGGGCUCCGUAGGAUUUCCAUUAAUUAAUAAUAAUAAUUUUUUUUUUUUAAAAAUCACAAAGUAUGUGAUUUAUUUAUUUUUUUUAAGUUUUGGGCUUAGUUUAAUGGCACACUAUACUGGUAGAAAUUGACUAAGUUAUUAUGAAUAAGGAAGUGGCAACUCUGCCGAAUGGCCACUACAUGGAAUAAGGGCACUUUGUACUUUAGUGGAGGAGAGCCAACUCAUGCCAGAAAGUAUAUGCCCCAGCCCUCUUUCAGCACGGGAGUAGUUUUUAGCACUACCCAACAAAUCCGGCUAGCUGAGAUGGUGAAAAAGAGACUAAUCGGCCAUUCAUAAAAACAAUUGGUGAACACCGCACACUUGCGCGACAGUGCAGUCAGGUUUGAUCGAGUCGCUUAGUGGGCGGCAGCCUUAACUCUCAUAGGUGCGUGUAUAUAUGGCGACAUUGUUGUGAAUCAACACCAUCACAAGUGGACGUUAGUCACCUGAGGUGUCCGGCGUUGCUGUUCUACAAUUAGAACAGUCAGACUCUGCCUCACCUAUCCAAGAGCGAUUCACAGGCCAGUGUGCUCACCCCAGGGAGACCCGGCUAAGAGGACACCACCAAGACCGAUGGUCACAGGGCCAUCCGUCAUCCUCACCGGUCCCCAACAAGGACACAGGGACCCCACCAGUGCCCCCCUAGGCAAAUACCAUCCCCACUGAGCGCCCAGCAUGCUGAACUACCGCUAGUCCCCCACCCACCCCUAGGAGCGCAAGAAGCCCCACACGACUGUUCUCAGGACCCCUAAAACACACCAGGAUAGACUCCAAAAAAGCCUCCAAAAAAGUGGUUCCUUUGUAAGAAGAAUAAUAAACACCAUAUUGCCACUUAUAAUAGCUGUAUCAAUGUUUGCUUUUUGAUCAUCUUAAAACCAUCAAUUCAAUGCAUCUUUUUAUCAAAACAUUUGGGGGCCUGGCAACAUUUGGUCGAAAACCCUGGGCAAUACAGGAGUUCAUCAGUCCAGUCAAUUUUUAUGUCAGCGGCUCUUCGACUUCCUCAUUUGCCUGAGUGUUGCUUCCUCUUUCGUUUACUGUUUUUCAGAGUGAAGCUUCAAAAAGAGUUUGGUAACGGUUAACAUAGACAAAAGAAUUCUCGCAUAACGGACUUUAAAAACGGAGUAACAUAUCCCUGACAAAUUAGUUUGUAUUCAUCUUAGAGUCAUUGUGUUUGGGGUUGGUGAGACUUGCACAAGAUGGGUGAGUACAAGAGAAAGUACAUUACUUGUUGAAAUACAACAACCUGAUAAUCUUUUCUCUGUCUGCAGCACCUGCGUAUUCAUUCAUGGAUGUUUAACAAAACUGCUUUUUGCAGUUGUGACAAUAUCUGUCGAUGAGUGUAGUUUACAUUCUGUGUGCUUGAGUGUGUACGUGCGCCUGUGUGUGUGAAAUGUCUGGAGACACCAGCACCCUGUCUUGGAGGAGCAUGUCUCCCACCGGCCCCUCGAAGACCCCAGGCAUGUCUCCCACAUCAACUAUUGGCAGGAACAGCAUCUUCCCAGUGAAGAUUAUCAAAGUGUGUUUCCUAAGCAACGGUUUCAACCUCGGCAAGAACUUCAAACUGGUCCGCUGUGACGAAGGAAUGACAGUCAGGGAUGUCAUCAGCAUUGUCCUGUCCGGUGGCUGCAUGGGCCCAGGCAUAAUACACACCCUUUGUUACGGUCUGCUCCUCAAACACCUCAAGUCAUCGGAGAUACACUGGCUGCACCCAGACCUGACCAUGGCUGAACUCACCCAGCGAUAUGAGCAGCAGCACCUGGAGGCUGAGUGGAGAUAUGACCUGAGGAUCAGAUACAUUCCAUCAGACUUCUUGGAAAAAUUCCAAGAGGACAGAACCACCAUGCUCUACUUUUACCAGCAGGUACGCAGUGACUAUAUGCAGCAGUUUGCCUCUAAAGUCAGUGAUGGAAUGGCUCUGCAGCUUGGCUGCUUGGAGAUUAGGAGAUUCUACAAAGACAUGAAUCCAAAUGGACUGGAGAAAAAGUCCAACUUUGAGCUCUUGGAGAAGGAUGUUGGGCUGGACCUGUUCUUUCCAAAAGAGUUGAUCAACAGCAUGAAGUCAAAGCAGCUGCGUCGCAUGGUCCGGCAGACGUUUCAAGGCUAUGGCACGCUGAACCAAGAGCAGUGCAUGGCCAAGUUCUUCAGCACUCUGGCUCAAUGUUACAGCUAUACACAGGAGAGAUUUGCCUGCCAGCUGGUGCACGGUUGGCGUGUAACCAUAGACCUGGUCAUCGGAGCUGAAGGUAUCAGUCAACAAACUGACAACUCAACACCUGUCUGCCUGGCCACAUUCUCUCAGGUCAGCAGUAUCUUGUGCUCUGCAGAAAGCCACGGCCGAGCUCUGCUCACGGUAUACAUAGAGGGAACCAAGCAGCCUCUUUCAGUGAGUACGGCGUCUAUGGCUGUAGCAGAAAACAUGGCUAACCUAAUUGACGGCUUCUGUCAGCUGGAAUGCUCCACUCAGGGCUCGCUUAUUAGCAGGCCAAGCAAAGUGAGACUGAAACUGCCUGACAUUCCUAAACACAAUGAUUCCACUGGACCCAAGAAAGUUUCAGACAUUUAUGCUGAGAUUGCUGAAAACACAAUGGACCCAUGUGAAAAACACAAGAUCUCCCAAGAUGAGAUAAUUGUAGGUCACAUCCUGGGUGAGGGCUUUUUUGGAGAGGUUCAUGAUGGUGUGUAUAAAGGCCAGACAGGCGAGACGAUCCGGGUGGCCAUCAAAAUCUGCAAGGACUGCUCAGCAGCCGUGAAGGAAAAGUUUCUUAGUGAAGCUUCCUUGAUGAAAAAUCUGGACCAUCCCCACAUUGUGCGCCUGAUUGGAGUCAUUGCUGCUGAUCCAGUCUGUAUUGUCAUGGAACUCUAUGAACAUGGAGAGCUGGGGAAAUAUCUGGUGGAGCAGAAAUAUGUCCUGACAACAGCAACAUUAAUCCUGUACUGUCUACAAAUCUGCAAAGCCUUAGUUUACCUAGAGGGCCUCAACAUGGUGCACAGAGAUAUAGCGGUGAGAAACAUCCUUGUGGCAUCUCCUGACUGUGUCAAGCUUGGUGACUUUGGUCUCUCUCGCUACAUAGAUGACCAGGAGUACUACAAAGCAUCUGUUUCACGAUUGCCAAUCAAAUGGAUGGCACCAGAAUCCAUCAACUUCAGACGGUUCACCGUUGCCAGUGAUGUCUGGAUGUUUGGUGUGUGUGUGUGGGAAAUCUUCUCCAUGGGCCGGCAACCAUUUCUCUGGCUGGAAAACGGACAGGUGAUCACUCAGCUGGAGUCUGGUGUCCGACUCCCCAAGCCACUGUUGUGCCCGCCCGCCGUCUACUCUCUGCUGACCAGUUGCUGGGCCUACGAGCCGUACAUUCGUCCCAGCUUCAGCCAGCUUGUCUGUUCCCUGAGGGACAUUCUCAAAAUUGAGGAGGCGGAUACGACACACUGCAUCUCGUCUAUCUCGCCACUGGACCCUGACCACACUGAGCCUCCCCCAAAGCCUUCCAGAGUCGGCAUCACUUGCCCUCAUGUCACACACAUGCAGGAAACAGCCUGGCAUGUGCCAGUUUGGGAGAAGGAGCAAGUUGAUUACACUCUACAAAGGCAAAGAAGAGAGAUGGAGAUGGAUAGACAGUGGCUAGAGCAGGAGGAGCAACAACUGGAUCCUGCCGUGCGACAAGCGUCAAACACCAAGCUUGUGGAAAAAAAUCCGGCUGCUAAUCCUCCACCAACAUCCUCAGCACCUUCCGACGUCACAUGGUCUCGUCCUACAGCCGAAUUGGACCGAUCAGAUGAUCAGGUUUACUCCAGCGUCAUGGCGAUAGUCAGACAGGUGGUACAGCUGAAGAAUGAGGUCAACAUGCUGCCCGCCUCGGCGUAUCCCAACGCUGUCAAAGCAGUUGGCAUCUCUCUGCGAAGCUUGAUUCAACACGUUGAUGAUGUCAUGCCUUCCCUGCACAGCUCAGUUACAAGCGAGAUCGUAGGCACGAAGAAGCUGCUGAACAAGGACUUGGGGGAACUAAUCAAUAAGAUGAGACUGGCCCAGCAGAACUCGGAGACAACUCUGAAGGAGGAGUGCCAACGACAGAUGCUUGCUGCUGCACACACCCUGGCACUGAACUCCAAGAACCUGCUGGAUGCAGUGGAUCAGGCCCGGGUCAGGGCCAAACUGGCCAUGCCGAGGCAGGAUGAGGACAGCUCGGGGGAUUGAGGGGUUUCGGUUAUUUGUUCCAGUGUACAGUGUAGUACAUACACAAAAACAGAACUAUGGGAUGGAGAAAUAAAUAUUUGUCUGACCUGAA